AUGCUCGAACAGCCUAGCGUUCGGGGUGGACUUGGCCUCAUCGAGUCGUGGAACAAUUUUAUAAAGGGUUUUCGCGAACUCCCGACGAUUUAUAGGUGUGACGAUGCCUGUCCUGAGCACUCAGUGCCAUACUUGAGUCGACAACAGCUACAAGCCUUUGCAUACUAUCCAAGCUCGGAGGAAAGACGGCGUCCUGGUCGGAGCACUUGGCAUCUGAUUGCUGUGACUAGAGUGGCGAUAUUUUUCUGUUCCAUAUGUUACGCCCUCUUCGAAUCCUUGGACGACAUUGUGGAAUUGGGUCGGGAUCUCGCAUUUAUAAUAGCGACAUUUUUUAUACUCUUCAAGAUGGUAUAUUUCCUCCUGUACGCCGAUGAGGUGGACGAGGUAAUCGAUGGCCUUGAGGAGUGCUAUCGUUGUGAGACAAAGGGUCCACCUGCUGCAGAAGCGAGAGCUGUAAAACGUUUGCAUUUUCUGCUGUUUAUGGGAUUGCAAAUGGUUUGGAUGGUCUUCAUGGUCGUAUUUAUCAUUCUUUUGCUUUCGGCACCUUUAUGGACACAGCAGAACCUGCCCUUCCAUGCUUCGUUCCCGUUCCAUUUGCACGAUCCAUCGAGGCAUCCAAAAACACACAUUCUUAUCUACUUUUCACAAUGUAUUGACAGUGUGUACUUCCUCAUGUGGCUAGUAUCUACCGAGGGAUUGUCCGUCUCCAUUUAUUCUCAGCUCACGGCUACUCUCAAUGUCUUGUGUAUUGAGUUUCGGCAUCUCCAGCAACUCUGCAAUGGCGACCAGGAUCUCCUACGCAGAGAGAUCACCCGUCUGGUCACGUUUCAUCAGAAAAUAAUUAGUCUGGUUGAUCGAUGCAAUGAGGUAUUCCACGCACCCUUGAUCAUGCAAAUGAUUGUCAACUUUUUGCUGGUCUCCCUGUCAGUCUUUGAGGCAAUGAUGGCCAGGCAUGACCCCAAAGUGGCAGGUCAGUUUAUGGUUCUGAUGAUACUGGCCUUGGGGCACCUUUCGAUGUGGUCGAAAUUCGGUGAUAUGAUGUCGCAAGAGUCGCUAGAAUUGGCAGAGGCAGCCUACGCAGCGUAUGACCCGAAUGUUGGGUCCAAGGGGAGCCAUAAGGAUAUCCGUCUUGUCAUUCUGAGAGCUCAAGAGCCCCUAAUUAUGAGAGCAAGCCCCUUUCCGGCCUUCAAUAUGAUAAACUACAUGGCCAUACUCAACCAGUGCUAUGGAAUCCUCACGCUUUUGCUGAAUACUAUGGAAUAG